AUGUCUGACGCAGGCCGCAAGUCCACCAUCGACCAGGCUAAGGAGAAGGUCACUCCCGACAGCCAGAAGUCCACCCUUGACCAGGCCAAGGAGUCUCUCACUGGCACCUACGACCGUGCUGCCGGUGCCGUCCAGCCCGACGACCAGAAGUCGUACACUCAAAAGGCCUCCGACAACCUUCGCAGCGGUUCCGACGACGCCAGCAAGCAAUCCAAGUCCUAUAUGGAGAGCGCCCAGGAGACCGUCGGCAACGCUGCCCAGAGCCUCGCCGACACCAUUGGCGGCAAGAAAUAA